CCAUGUCACAUAAAAAAAAAAAACAGGAAGGUAAAGAUAUCGUUCCCCGCGCAAGGUGCACUGCGUCCCUGGUAAUUUAGCGUAUUAGCAAAGGUAACCAGUAGGAAGUCCUCUUUAGGAAAGUUUCUACUCAAACUUUAACAAACAAAACGGAAGUGCUUUAGGUUAUUUCAGGCGUUACCAUGGUUUUAGUCACUGUUUCGGUUUCAAGGCAUUUAUGUGCUGGCCAUUGCGCUGCCCGUCGACGAGUUUUAAUUAACAUAUUAGAAAAGCUUGUAGCGUACGACGUUUUGGCACUACUGUUGCUCACUCUUGAUGUAACGGUGUAAAAAAUGAUAGCUACCUGUUUGAGAAAAAGGUUUAAAGGCAAGAUUGCAGAAGAGAGAAGUUUAGCCACGGGUGCGUGAAUAUGACUAGACAGUAGCUCUUGAAAUGACAACAUGCCAAAUAUUACUGACGUCUGGAAUCCAGUUGACUUUCUAUGGAAUUUUCGAACGGAAAGAGGAGAAGCGUGAACAUGUCAUCUCCUGUCCGACAUAAUGUAGCGAAGACGCAUCUUUCGACAGGAUCCGGUCUAUCUGGCCGAGUAUACCAGACUGUUUUAAAGUGAUUCUUUGUUGGACUAUGCGCAGCAGUCUGAUCACAUCUAAAUGCUGGUGUAUCGUUGGUAAGGAUCUCUAUAUCUCGCAAUUGAUUCGUCAUCUCGAGGACUUGGACUUAUCAAGUAGCGUCAGAGCACAGAAGGCAUUUCCAUCAAUUUCAAGAGUCCACCUCUCCUGCUGUAGCCCAUCAGAGUCUACAUCAGUCCAGUGUCAGCAACAGAGAGCCACGUUCAGGAUGAUCCACCGCCAUCCAACAGUCAGCGUCCAUCAUGUCAACAACACGCUACGGAGCUCCACCGAACCCCCCCGCGGCAGGGCCCUGGACGGUAGCUCCAGGGAGCCUCAGCUGAGGGUCACUCCCGUCCAGGUGGCGCGCGUCAGCCCCGGGGACACGAGACGGGGUGGCAAAAAAAGAAUGGCGAAGACAUUGUGCCGCGGGGGCUCGGUCGGCGACGGGGUGCGGCGGUCCGCCGGGCUCAAGCCAAAUGAUCGAGGCACGCGGGCCGAUUUCAACACCGACGACAGCGAUCUGUCCGAUCAAGAGAAAGGGGGCGCCGAGGUCCACGGUUGGGCCACGCCUGCAGCCGAGCUCCGGUUGAGGCCCGACCCUUUCGGGUCAGACUCGGACGUCAGUGUACCCGUGUUGCCGGACGCUGAAUUUCAGUACGAAGAGGUGCUCCCCGCACCUCUGAAUGGGCUGGAUCUGACCCGAGGUCUGCCCAGCGCGGCCGAAUGGGAGGGCGAGCCUUCGCUGGCUGCCAUCGUAAACCGACUGUCUGAGAUGGCGGCGCUCCAAGCGGCCACGGUGCAGCAAGAGCUGACCAGAACGGCCCGGUGUCGGCUGGUCACGAAUGCCAGCUUUACCAGGAGCAGUCCUCGCUUGAGGAAAGCUGAUUUCCCAGAAUUCAAAUCGGAAUCUGCGCCAACCAGCAGGUAUGGUACAGUGGUGUCCAGUUUGAUGAAACUGAGCCUGACGCGUGACCUGUGCACUAGGCGGAGUGGACAGGCUUGUGCUCUUUACAAACAGAAUCGUGCCAGAGUCUUUAAACGGUCCUGUUCGAGCCCAACCAAACCAAACAGCACAGAGGCCCGGGGCCAGGCCCGGGGCGGCGGAUCAGCACCAAAAUCUAGAGCUGGCAACAAAGACAGAAAAAUCAAAGCUAACAGGAAAGGCACAUUUUGUUCCCACCGAGAGCCACCAUCAAACUCAGCGAAGAAAACCAAAUCCAGUGACUUGGGAAAGGCUUAAAGAUUGUAGACCCAGGGAUAACUCAGAUUAUGCGCCUAGAAAGACCUGCCUUUACCCUUACAGGGACUGGGAAUUAUGGAACACAGCACUCUUCCAAAAGGAGCUUAUUUCAGAGUAGAAUAUGACAACCAACAAAACAUUGUCAGUCAAUAAAUAUACAAAAUAAUGUUGUUACCUAAACCUUUUGGUGAAUAACAGUCAGAAAAUGUAAUAUACAUCCGGUAUGCUGUAAGCUAGUUGACUAGCGGAAAGUAGCAUGACUUAUAUUUUGUACAGGGAUAAAAGUAGAACUUAUAUUUUAUAAUUGAAAUGUCAUGGUUGUUCAUCAAGCCAGUCGUCGUAUGAACAAGCUGUACAUGAACGUCACAUUUA